AUGGGGGCAUGGAAUCUGAAUUGAGGGGCCAAUACACAUUUUUUUCGGAACCAUGGACCACACAUUUCUCUCUAUAAGAACCCCUCUAAAGUCCCAUUUUUUUAACACUGCUUCAAGUGGUUUCAACUUUCAACACUCAACUUUCAACACUCACACACAUUACACACAGAUAUCUGUCUCUCUACACUGCAAAGUGCAAGCUUGCAAAGACAGAAAAAAGAUGAACAGAGAUUCCAUGAAGGCUUCAAAGAAGAAGGUUUCAUGCAGAAGGCUUGGAGGGUAUCUCAAAGAGCAAAAAGGAAGACUAUACAUAAUCAGAAGAUGUGUGGUCAUGCUACUCUGCUGGCAUGACUAGAUACAAAAACAUUCUCAACAUCUUCAAACUAUCAUUGUUCAACGUUUUUCUUUGCUCAUACCAUGGAUCACCUCACACCGGAUUCCUCAAAGCCAUGGUCAAGGAUCAUAGUUCAAGCAUGCAGAAAAAGAAUAUAUAUAUGUUUUUCUAGCUAGCUCUUUAUUAUUAUGUAAAUAGCAGAGAAAGUAACGCUAGAGAGAAUUUCCUUCAUAUAAAACAUGUAUGUUCUCUACGUGCAAAAAGGCUAAUAUAUGGCAAUGAAUUAAAAUUUUCAGUUUCCAUUC